GUUUGCUGUCAGUGUUGGCUACUGGAAGGACCCUUACAUCCAAUAUUUUGUCAGACAAGCUAAAGAGAGAAAAGCACCUGAAAUCAAUAGAGGCUAUUAUGCUCGUGUUCAUGGAGUCAGUUAUCUGAUUAAAGCUUUUCUAAGGAAGACAGAAUGCAACUGUCAGAUAGUUAACCUUGGUGCUGGCAUGGAUACCAUGUUCUGGAGAUUAAAGGAUGAGAAUCUUCUCCCUAGAAAAUAUUUUGAAGUGGAUUUUCCAAUGAUAGCUGCAAGAAAAAUACAUAAUAUCAAAUCAAAACCUCCCCUGUCAAAACCAAUUAUGGAAUCCCAUUCAGGGGACUCUCUUCUAAUAGAUUCUCACAGCCUAGACUCCAGUCGGUAUGCCAUAGUAGGAGCAGAUCUCCGUUUCUCGUCAGAUCUGGAGGAAAAGCUAAAGAAACAUAACCUGGAUAUACAUUUGCCAACGCUUCUGGUAGCGGAGUGUGUGCUGGUUUACAUGACACCGCAGCAAUCUGCAAAUCUUUUAAAGUGGGCAGCAAGCACUUUUCCAGUGGCGAUGUUUAUAAAUUAUGAGCAGGUGAACAUGGCAGACCGCUUUGGGCAGAUCAUGAUUGAGAACUUGCAGAGACGGCAGUGUAACCUGGCUGGAGUGGAAGUCUGCAGAUCUUUAGACUCUCAGAGGGAACGAUUGCUGAUAAAUGGCUGGGAAACGGCGCGUGCCAUUGAUAUGAUGAAAGUUUACAGCUUUUUGCCACAGGCUGAUGUCAAAAGAAUAGAAGGACUUGAAUUCCUAGACGAAAAGGAACUGUUUGAACAACUCAUGCAGCACUACUGCAUCUGCUGGGCUUCCAACGACAGCAGUAAUCUGGGUCUUGCAAACAUCACAUUCUAA